ACAUUGAAAUCAGAAAUGGAUGAUACUCUGCUUUUGAUAUUCGUCUUUGGAUUUGGGCUCACUUCCUGCUCCCUCAGCCCUCCUUUCAUCCACUGGACAUGGUUCGGACUAGCUGAUGACAAGAAAUCCUGGAAGUGGAAUAUGGGCAAAGAUUCAAACUCCUGGAGAUGGUCUGCAACUGGUGAAACAAGCAAAACUGGCUACCAAAACUGGCUACCAGGUCAGCCAAAUCAGGCCAAAAUCCAUAAGGCCUGUGUGAUAACAUACAGUGAUGGACAAUGGGAUGAUAUUGCCUGUCACCCAAAAAACUAUUUUGUUUGUUACAACGACACAAAUCCUCCAGGCCAGAAAACAUAUCAUUUAAUUGAAAACUUAAUGAAUUGGGACAAUGCCCAGACUUACUGCAGAACACACCACACAGACCUGGCUAUGAUCGAGGAUGCUCAAGAAAACACAAAGAUGAUGUCAGCAGCACAGUCAACAUAUAAAGCGUGGAUUGGUUUGUACCGAAUACUAUGGAGUUGGUCUGACAAGAGCAGCAACAGCACCUUCAGAAACUGGGAAGAGGGACAGCCGAAUAACAGUAAUCAGGACUGUGUAUUUGAGAAUUCAAAGCACAAGUGGAAUGAUUAUGGCUGUGACACAAAGAAACCCUUUGUGUGUCAAAGAGACCUAAAACUGAAGAGGAUGUUGAGGAUGAAGAUUCAGAGUGAUGCUGACCUUUCAGAUCCAGCUUCUAGUAACCAGAUGCUACAGCAGCUACAUGCAGUGCUGAUGAACAGGACCUCAAUGGUUGACUUUAAGCUGGUGUGGAGGACUGAACCCAGGAAACAAGAGCAAGACGAUGAAAAAAAAGUUACUUGUAACUGAUGUUUUUACAAGCUGCAAAAAAAAAGAAUGCCAGUAACCAUAAUUAAUGUAGCUCAAUGACUGUUAACCCAAAGUAGUACAUCAAAUACUCAAAACAAAACAUGUUGUAAUCUUCACUCUCUGUGCUUCAUCUGGAAUAUGAAGCUCAAUGCACAGUGUGGCUCAGGGUAUAUCACAACAAAUACCAGUUCAACCAGCGAAGGCUUGUUAAUAUUACAGUGUAUAUGAAAUAAGAUGUGGUUUAAUAGAAAACAUAAGAUGCUUCUAAGAGAAUAUUGGAUUAUUAUAAUGGAUAAUGUGUGAUUAUUGUAACAUUGUAACCAAAACUAAUGUGACUCAAUGUAGUACAUCAGAGACUAGAGAGUGAAGAAGAUAUAUACUGGACCAUUAUAACGGAUGGUGUGUGAUGAUUGUAGCAUUGUAACCAAAUGUGUAACGAAUGAUAUGUGAUCAUUUUAACAGAUGACAUGAGAUGAUUUAGUCCUGAUAGAAAGUCUUUGGUGCUUAGAGUCUACAGGAAGAUUUGAAAUCGAGCAUGAUAACUCCGUCUGGGGAGGUGCAGCAGCAGCCACUAAAGACGGAGAAGAAUAACAAUUUCAUCUAUUUAUCUGUGGUUUGUCAUGAUUGUGUCGGCUCAAUGAUACACUCAUCGGCAUCAUGUAUAAACAGUAAUGUUACUUCAAUUCAGGACACCUACUGUAAAUGUAGCUAAUUUCUUAUAUUUCUUGUGUUUUAAUGUAGUUUUUCGGGUUUCGGGUUGUCUAUAGUCUAACACAAUGAUGUACUUUAGCUGCGUAGAAUUGAAAGAAUAGUUAUGGAUCUUAUCAUUUAGCAAGCAAGGUAACCUCUGUCAGAUCCCUCAUUUGCAUAAUCAAAUAUGUGUCUGCUAAGAUGCAGCACAGCGCUGGAUGCUUCUUAAAGAUGCUUCAUGUUGAAAUAUUGUAUUUAACCAAGUGGUUAGCUAUAGCCCACAGAAUCCAUUUGCUGCAGAUAUUACAUAUUUUUGCAUGCCAACCAGUUAGUUAGCAUCACUUUUGUACCCUUCACAAAAUGUCUUUUUGGAUCAUUGCAGAAAUUAA